AUGAUUAUCAUACAAUCAACAGAAGAAAAUAUGCGAUCAAUGAAAAUGUUUGUUAGCAUGAAUUCUAAAUUUCAAUGUGCUAAUACAACAUGUUUACCGUUCAUUAUUAUUAUUCCACCAAAUGUUCUUGGUUGUCAAGUAGCAUGUUUAAUGCGAAGUCAAUGCAAAGCAGCAACUUUUUAUCGGUCAAUUAUGAUUUAUACAGAUGCUACUAGUAUGAGUGUUAUAAGUGGAACACGAUUUCCAUCCGCUUCAACGCAAGCGUAUUAUGGCCGGCUUUACAAUUACUUAAAUGCCCGACGCGAUGUAACCUACGCACAAAUUAUUCAAUAA